AUGGGCUCUCCCAUAGCACCGGUAGUAGCUGAUAUAUGGAUGCAACACUUUGAGGAACUUGCGCUAGACACAUCACCGGUUAAACCAACAAUUUGGAAAAGGUAUGUGGAUGACACUUUUUGUAUUAUCAAAGAAAAUCAUGUAGACAGCUUCCUAAAUCACCUGAACUCGAUACAUGAAAAGGUCAAAUUCACAAUAGAAAAAGAAAAAGAAAAUUGUUUGGCCUUUUUGGACAAAAAGUUGAUAAAAAGAUAUGAUGGUUCUAUCGGACAUACAGUUUAUAGAAAAAACACUCAUACAGACAGAUAUCUCCAUGCUACGUCUCAUCACCAUCCUUCUAAUUUCACCUCUGUAGUAUCGGCACUAGUAAACCGUGCACACAAAAUAUGUGAUCCUGAUCACCUACAAGAGGAAUUAGAGUAUGUAGACAGGACUUUAAAAAAGAAUGGUUACAGCUCAAGACAAAGAGCAUGGAAGCCCAAAUCAAAUGCAACACAAAACACACCUUUCCAAUUGGAAAAGCGAGCUUUUCUUCCCUACAUUCAGGAGAUUUCGGGUGGAAUUGCAAGAAUCUUAGGCAAAUUUGGUAUAAAAACCAUAUUUAAACCACCAGCCAAAGUUCGACAGUUCUUAAGAACACCAAAGGACACAAUUCCCCUCCAAAAUCCAGGAGUUUAUUUGGUUCCUUGUAGCUGUGGUUCAUCAUAUGUCGGAGAAACAAAAAGAGCGAUCAAAACAAGAUUAAAUGAACAUGUAAAAGCAAUUCAGAAUAAUGCUGUCACAAAAUCUGCAAUAUGUGAACACAUUGCUUAUAACGAUGAACAUUUUAUUAGGUUUGAUAAAGCUAAAUCGAUUGCCGCAGAAAGGUUUUAUGUACCCAGGAUAGUAAGAGAAGCUAUAGAAAUAAAAAAACACAAGAAUUUCAACCACGAUUCUAGCUUCAAACUAUCAACAACAUGGGACCCACUGAUAAGCAAGCUUAAACCAACAAGAAUGAACACAGAAGUAGCUGAUGUCGUGAGCGUUGUGUGUACACAAGACUACACAAGUUCAAUCCAAGAAGAACCAAACCCGUCAUCACCCACUGCAAUAGAAAAUGCACCAACAACUACGCACAGGUACAACUUGCGUGUGCGAUCGAGAACAAACAACAACAAUUAA